CCUCCCGGUCAAACCCCAAAUUGGGAUGGAGUGUUCAAUGGGUAGAGCGUGGGACUCAUAAUCUCAGGGUCGUGAGUUCGAGCCCCACGUUGGCUGAAAGAUUCCUGCAUUGCAAGGGGUUGGGCUAGACGCUAGAUGACCUUCGGAAUCUCUUCCCAUUCUACCCUUGUCCCAUGUAUGUGGGGUGAGUUGGGGCGGGGCGGGAUCUACGCCUGGUAGGUGGGAGAAGGAAGGAAGGUAAGUUCUUGUUUAGGAUCCAUUCACAAAACUGUCCUGAACUGCAAUAAUUUUGCAUUUUUCUAUUGUGAACCGCCAUGGGAUCUUUGGAUGAAGGACAGUAUACAAAGUAUUAUUAUUUACAUGCUUAAUCUUUUUGUAGCAAAACAACAACCCCCAAACUCCUUAAAGACCAUAAAACUUUAUCAUGGCACAUGCUUUCACUGGCCGGAAUCCCCUCACAUAGCAUUAUCCUGAUCCAGAGAUAUUUAUAUUUGGCACCCUUGGUAUCCAACACAUUCCUUCCCACCACCACUUGUUACCUCUCUUUCUUUUUAUCACUUCACCAUCACCAUUCUUCAAGAUAUAAUAGCUUAUAGUAGCUGCCCCUCUUCUCUUUUCAGUUAUUCUUCCCCCAUACCUGGUGCUAAGAAUUGUUCAGUGUGUGAAUACACUGGCUGGCGAUAAUUUCUGCUUUGUUGCAGUUUAUAUUGGCUUUACGUUAAUGUAAGCACUUCCUUGGCUGUUGUGAACUGUUUUGAAUGUGUGUUAGGGAAGUGUAUGUAGUAUUUGUUUGAAAAUGAAGCAUUCCGAAGGCAAAUAAACAGCAUCAAUAAGUACAUUGGUCAAAUCUUGAUAUUAAACUGAUGUCUCCAUGUUCUCUGGGGACACUGCUCUUGAUGGCUAGGCUGAAGCAAUCAUUGUGUUGACACUGAAGGGGUGAACCAACACAUUCAUCUCUUUCUCCCUUUCUGUCUUGUCCCUUGCUUCCAAAUCUGGUGGAUGAGGACAGCCCAUCUGAUUCUAGGGUGGCUAAGAAAGAAUCUCAACCAUACAUCGCACAUGUACCCUAUUUGCCAUAGUUUCAGGGAGAUUUUCCUUAUUUACUGCAAGGCUGCAGCAAUCUCACCCUUCUUACGUGCCUGUGAAUAGCUCAUGCGCUGCUUCAAAAUGUGGAGGAGAGACAAGUGUUCUGACCACUUUAGCCUUGCAGUAGAAAAAGAGAACAUUUCUUCAGUUGGAAGAGUGUAGUUGCAUGUAGCAGGCUUCUGGUAACCGGACCUGAAACUUUCCUGUAUUCAUCUGAUGCUCGGUGAUAAUUUCCUUCUACCUGGGACUAGCAGGUGGAGUUUUGGAAAGGAGUCAGGUAGCUGCUGUGGGACUUUAUUGAUAUCAAGCAGGUACCUUUGUUUUGUUUUGUUUUUGUUUGAUUAUGUGUUUUGUGUCUUCAUUUUGUAUUUCUAUGUUGUGAACCAGCCUGUGAUCUUCAGGUGAAAGGCAGUAUACAGAUAUAAAUAAAUGAAUACCCAGGUUGUAGUCCUAAACACACUUAACCAAGCAGUAAGCCCCACUGAACACACUGGGGCCUACUUCUCAGUGAACAUGCAUAAUAUUACUCUUUCAGUCAUGUAUCUGCGGACUGGCUGUCAAGGAACUCUCUGGGUGAACCUGACAUGAAAAAAAUAUUUCCCUCCAUUUGAGAUCAUAAUCUUGGAAUUUUGCAUUAAAGGAUUUUCACCAGCGAGCAAAAAUGAAUGAACAAUGAAGUAGACAGAUUACUUCUCAAAAUGUCACUUUUCAUUCUCAAAAUACCCAUCCUCAAAAUUUUUGUUCUCAAAAUACCCACUUGCUUGCUUUUUCAUUUGAUUCUUGCAGGGCAUUGGACCCCCUGAGUCCCUUCCAACUCUAUGAUUCUGUGGCUCUAUAAAGUGAUAGCUAGUCUGGUGCCCUCCAGAUGCUGUGGUCUACAGUUCCCAUGGUCCCUGACUGUUGGUGAUGCUAACUGGGGUUAAUUGUAGUUCACAAUAUCUGGAGGGCACCACAUAGGCCAGGCACCCCCAAACUUGGCCCUCCAGAUAUUUUGGGACUACAACUCCCACCAUCCCUAGCUAACAGGACCAGUGGUCAGGGAUGAUGGGAAUUGUAGUCCCAAAACAGCUGGAGGGCCGAGUUUGGGGGUGCCUGACAUAGGCUAUCCCUGGUUGAUACCAGCACUUCUUAGUUUUAAUCUCUUACCAAACAAGUAAAACCCAUCAUCCCUUGAGAUGGUAGUUUGGGGAAUCAUCGAAGAGACAGAGAUGCUGAAAUGUCAUCAGUUACUCAACAUUGGCAUGCUCUGGUCCAUGGGGUCAUGAAGAGUCGGACACGACUAAACGACUAAACAACAACUCAACAUUGACUAUCCUGCCAUUGUUACUGAGCAAAUACACUUCUUCCUCCGGGACCUGCAUAGUUUUUUGCUGUCAUUAGGUCUCUGUAUUGAAGUGGUACCUGAAGGUUGCCUUCCCCAAUUUCCCCCAAUCAUUUUUGCGUCCAAUUCCAUGGUUGAUCACCUUUUCUCUUAACAUUUACCUUUUAGUCUCCCUUGUGGGACUGGGAGGCAUGAACAGCAGAGAUGUGUUGGGACUAAUAGCUGAACUGCUGUCUUGUGGAAGCCUCUUUCCAUCCUCCAUUCUUGCUGUUUUUGUUCUGUGUUUUGGACCUGUUACCAGUAUCCCAUACUCGUCCUUUUCAUUAGUGAGUGGUAUGCUUUCUCAACCCCAUAGAAGCUUUGUUGGGAGUGUUUGUGAUCAGUCAGUAGAGAUUACCGGUAUAUAAACCCUGUCACCCUAUUGGGGAUUUUUUACAGGACUGUGACUAGCUGAAGAUUGAUUGGCCAGUUGGGCUCCCUCUCAUGCACACAAAGCUUCUGGCAAAGAUUAUUUUUAGACAGUAGACGGAACAGCAAAACUGUUACCCACACUUAAUUGAGUAUAAGCUUCACUAAACACAGUGGGACUUAUUUUCAAGAAAAUGCUUGUAGGAUUGUGCUGCUACUGAUUUCUCUAGCAUUUGUCCUUUUUGUCACUUAGAUAUCUGUAAGGGGGAGGGAUUGCAGAGAACCCCCCCCCUCAUCAGAAGCAGCCCGUCUCCAAGCAGUCAUGAAAGCGAGGGGCCUGAAGGGGUGAGUCAGGAGACGGAGAAGGAGUGCCAGGGCUCUGGCAGCACUGGAGAGCCCCUGCUCCACAGGCAGGAAGAGAGAGAGGCGGGAAGGGUGGACAGGAAUAGGGCAGACCGUAGACCCUUCCCCCCGACACCGGUAUUGAGAAGGAGGAGGAAAGGGAGGAGAUUCACUGUCCCGAGGCUUUUAUGUUGGUCAAAGUCGCGAAAGGGGGCAGUGCCGGAUUCUGAUUCGGAAUGAGGAGGCAUGAAACCAGCAGCUCGCUACACUGUAAAUAAUGUGCACCAAUAAAGACUUUUGAAAGACAAGCACGUGGAAGGUCGUUACUCAGGAGUAGUCAUAACAACUCUGACAAUAUCUUUUCAAUUUUUACUUUAGAAUGUUUACAUGCUGUCUUUUUGAUUAAAAAAAUUCAUCCAAGCUGGCUUGCAUGUGAAAAGUACAUCAACUGUGACAGCAUAAAACAUGCAUAUGCACACCCAACCUGAAACUCCUGAAAGGCAAUUCAGAUGACGCAUUCUAUAUAACAUCAGCAGUAAAAGAUUCCUACAGCUGAAUAAUGCUGCCUGUCCACAAGCCACCUGAAACUGUUCUCACAGCACAGCUUUCCAAAAUGAUUCAAGGUCAACAGGUAAGGCUUGCCAGAGUGCCAUGCCUUUGUUAAGGCAGUACUUCCCAGGUGACUACAUAUAGUCUAAAAUUCAGGAUGGUAGUCAGCAUUUUGCUCUUCAGCACCAUUGUUUUCAUAUUCCUCAUGACAAGGGGUUCACCAACACUAUUUAGCCUUGUUUUGGUCCCAUUGGGAGGCAUCUUCCAUGUAAUCCCUUGAAGUGUGGUGUUUCCUGUUCUUUGCUGAAGUCUCCUGCGAACUUGCCUCUAGGUUCUUUUCUUCGUCUGAGUUAAUAGGGGAAGGUAUAGAAUGAACUUUACAUGUCCAAGUAUGGCUCAAUCAAAAUUUACUUACUUUCUCUUUAAGAAGAGGAUUUGUGGCUAUGAAUAUGGAUAUUUGCGCCAAGAUUCUUGGUGUUCUUGGCUUCUGUUUCCACAGUUGGAAUGCACAUGAGAUGGAGUGACCAGGUCAGUUGGGCCAUGAAUGCCCUGGUGUGCUCUCCUAUUAACAAACUGGGAUUGCUUACUGAGGGACUCCUUUCCAUGGCUCAUAGGAACAUGGGUAGCCUUAUUUUGGGCACUGCAAAAGUGUCAAGAGUGCAGUGCUCUAAAAAAUGUAUGAAAGCAUUGUGAGUGGAAGCUGCAGUUCCUGUAGUGCGCUCUGCAACAUCCUCUGGCAUCAUUUUUCAUCUCCCCAGACCUUGGAUGUGAAGGGAAUUAACCAACACCUGUAGACUUAAAGUGUGUUUUCUGUAGAGCAAGAAUGGCAUCUCUUUGUGAGAUGCUUGCUUGGGAAGGCUUAAAGAGCUGUCUGGCUGCAUUCCUUUCUUUUCCCUCCCUAAGCUCAACUGACCCUUUCCCUCUGAUUCCAACAGUUUGAUGACCCCAAAGAUUUGGGGGAGGGCGGAGCAUAUGAGCUCUAUGGCACAGCAGCACCAGGAUAAUUCAGAUUCCGGAACGAAGGAGGCGGCUGAUCAAUGAACUGAGUCAAGUUCCCCAGCCAGUGAUGCUCCUCCCUGAUGACUUCAAAGCGAAUUCUAAAAUAAAGGUGAACAAUCAUCUCUUCAACAGAGAAAACCUGCCCAGCCAUUUCAAAUUCAAGGAAUACUGCCCACAGGUCUUCCGCAAUCUUCGCGAACGUUUCAGCAUUGAUGACCAGGAUUACCAGGUCUCGCUGACACGCAGUCCGCCCACUUAUGAGAUUGAGGGUGGGGGGCGCUUCCUCCUGUCCUACGACAGAACGUUGGUGAUCAAGGAGAUCUCCAGUGAAGAUGUGGCUGAUGUGCAUAGCCUUCUGUCUCACUACCACCAGUACAUUGUGAAGUGUCAUGGGAGCACCCUCCUGCCUCAGUUCCUGGGUAUGUACCGGCUCAGUGUGGACAAUGAGGAGAGCUACAUGCUGGUCAUGAGGAACAUGUUCAGCCACAGGCUCACCGUGCACAGGAAGUACGAUCUGAAGGGCUCCCUGGUAUCCCGUGAAGCUAGUGAUAAAGAGAAGGGCAAGGAGCUACCAACCCUAAAGGACAUUGACUUUCGAAACAUGAACCAGAAAGUGUACGUUGACGAAGAAGCCAAGAGAGAUUUCAUGGAGAAAUUAAAGAGAGAUGUGGAGUUCCUAGUGCAACUAAAGAUUAUGGACUACAGCCUACUGUUGGGGAUCCAUGACGUGCAGCGAGCUGAGCAGGAAGAAGAUGAGGAUGUGAAAGAGGAAGAGGAGGAUGGAGAGGGUGAACCUGGGGGUGUGGCAUCAGUAGGUUCUUAUGGAACUUCUCCUGAGGGCAUUGGCAGCUAUCUCAACUCCCACAAGCCUUUGGGACCUGGUGACUUUGAUCCUUACAUUGAUGUCUAUGCCAUAAAAAGUGCUGAAAAUAGCCCCCAGAAGGAGGUUUAUUUCAUGGGCCUGAUUGACAUCCUCACACAGUAUGAUGCCAAGAAGAAGGCUGCCCAUGCAGCUAAGACCGUCAAGCACGGGGCUGGUGCAGAGAUCUCCACGGUGCAUCCAGAACAAUACGCCAAGCGCUUUCUGGACUUCGUCACGAAUGUAUUUGCUUAGCAGCUGUGCAGUCUGUCUUGUUGGCUGAAGCUUAAGAUCAAAGGCUUUCCUGCCCUCCUCCCCCCACCUGUAGUUCUCCCUCCCUCCUCUACCCCAAUUCUCAGUAAGAGGGAUGGUUCCCCCCCUGCUGUUUGGGUCAGCAGGAGAGUUGGGUUGACUUGAGCCCCAUUGUGGCUGGUCUGGGAGAUGGCUGCUGAAUCAAGUGCCUUAUCUUUGACCUUUCAUCGGGAUGAACAACCGUCCAGAGCACUAAACCUAAGCGGGAGAAAGAUGGCUGGCUUCAGAUUCAUCCCAGCAUUGAUAUUCUCUAUCCUCUAAACUGUACAGGGGACACACUACAUUGGUGACUCUGGUCAGGGCAGGAUCUAAGCUCGCACAUAAGGUUUAAUGGUAUUUUAUUCAGAGACCGAAUAAUAUGCAAUAAGAAUUUAGUCUUGUGCCUUGAAAGAAGGGGGUCAAGUGGAUUCUUCCCCAUUUAUGCAAUCAACUCCCUCUGAGGGUGACUGAUAGUAUAUAUUAACUUACCCCAUGAUACCCAGUGGUAGUGCCUAUGUGUUUCAAAGUCCUCCUCCUUACUCUUUACCUCUUCUUUCCCACCCCUUGCUGGAGGUUGUGCUGUAACCCACCCCUCCUGAGUGGCGCUGGCUCCUUCCAGCACUCUAGUGAAUAGCAGAGGCCUGCCACUCGGAUGAGCAUCCUGUGAGCCUAGCAAAACCCCCAGCAGUGCAGCCUCCACGAAACCUUGUUGCCAAAGUUCUGCUCCUUACGACAAGAGCCUCUUCCACGAAGGGCUGCUUUCAUUCAGCAGUCCUAUGAUUCUCCCUCAGCCAUCACUCCAAAGGGUUAGAACUGAUUCAGGGUUUCGGAGCUACUUUGGGGCUGCCAGUGGGGAUUUGAGAAUGUCCCCUAGGUGGCCUGCUGUGCCUGCUUUGGUAGAGGGAGAUGGAUGUGUGCAGGGGAGAAGAGACAGAAUUAUUCUGGCCCUGUGUAAUAUACUGCAUCCAGCUGUUCCCCUUGCUUUAGUAUGUACCAGUAAGGCUGUGACUCUAAUAAGUCCUGGCUUCCCAGCUCCACCCAAAGAUAGCUUGUCCAGUUGAAGCCUCCAGAAAAUGUCAAGGCGGAAGCCUUAUCUGCUCCCUGUUUUAGCCUAGCUUUUGGGGACAGGAUGAUGUGGAAAUGCCAUGCCCAGGACUGGGAUGUUUUCAGAAGCAUUUUGUGUGCGCGCGCAAUCUUGUGAAAGGGGCUCUAAAUGUUUCCUUCUAACAAACCUAUAUGCUGUGGGAUGUCAACUUGUCUGUCAAUAGCUGUGUGAUGGGGUUCUCUGAGGAAGCAAUUGAUACUCCAAGGAGCUGUGAGGUGUCUUAAAGAGAGCAUCCCUCCGUAAUAGUGUAUUCAUUAGUUCAGCAGAGCACAGCUGUCAAGGUUGAUGAUAGGCCAGUUGCUCUUCCUGGCCUGGCGCACCAACUUAACACGCCAUGGCAGCUGUUCUGGUAAGGAGAGGGGCUUAUGGCAGGCUCUGGCAGUGGCACAGCCACCCAGCUGGCUGCUUUAGGCCUGGAACUUGGGGUAGUGCUGUGCUCUUCCAUCAGUUCCCUCCCCUCUGCCCCCAAUAUUGUGGUUUUGGGACUUGAUGCCAUUCCUUUCAAUGCAAUAAAGCUUGUGCCAUGGAAACAUGCUUGUGCCCUGGGGCUGUUGUACUAUCAGCCCCUUUUCAAUGUUUCUUAUUGUAUAAGACGUUGUGUAUUUCCAGUUCACUCUUGUAUCACAUAGAAAUAAAUUAUUGAACCAGAAGUUGUCUGCAUGCAAAAAUCCAGCUGUACCUGAGCUGCUCCUAUUCUGCCAGUAUGGGAGGAGCCCAGUGGAAGGACAAGGCUGCUCUUGCUCGUUUGGACUAAAAACUGUACCCCAGUAGCAAAGAGAAAAUGCAGGGGGGCAAGGGAUCUUACACAAGCCCUAAUACUGGUUGCUUUGCAUGCCUAUACUGGCCAUGGUGAUGGUUCUGGACACAAAAAUCAUUAUUACUGCUGGCAGCCAGGAUUAAUUAGGGGGAAGAUGAUGCACAUAUUACUUGGGGUGCACCUGCCUUUAUUAUGUGCUGCUUAAUUGUCCUGACUUGAACUUUCUCACUGAAAAUAGUUUUGGAACCUGUGCCCUGGUGUUGGCUGCCCUGCCUUUUCCGAGUGCCAUGGUGUCUCGUUCACUCUCAGGCUUCAUACAUAAUAAAUCUUGUGUUCAUGCAUCUAGAAAGGCUACCAUCCUUUGCAACGGCAGUGCAGAAUUUAGUGCAGACUAGAAGCAACCCUCAGCCUGUGUAUUGGAUCAAAUAAACACAUAUACUGCCUUAACUUCUUUGAAUGCAAUACUGAGAGGCUGCCCAGUGCUGCUGGAGCGUGUGCUAUUAUUAGAUGUAAAUGCUGUUUCUUGCUUUUCCAAGUGCCCACCUCCAUGGAACACAAAGAGUGCCUGGGUGGAAUGCAGUGAGCCUAAAUAAAUUAAAACAGAAUGCUUAAAUACCCAUUACUACGGCCUCCUUACUUUUCAUUGCAGCCAAUCUUUACAGCCAUUCAGAAAAUUAGUAUAGCUAGCCUGAGAGCUGGUGUAGUAGCCGAGGAUGUAAGCCAAGAAGUUCCUGGAUUCAAAUCUUGUCCCAGUUGCAGACUUGCCAGCUGGCCUUAGGCAAGCAGCUAGAUAGGCCUAUGUCUGCCUUGUUGAUCUACUACUGUAGAAGGAGUUCGUUACAGGUAGGUAGCCGUGUUGGUCUGACGUAGUCGAAACAAAAUAAAAAAAC